UCUCAAAAGCGAAGCCGAGCCUCUUCGACUACUCUUGUCCAAGCGCCAAUGUGGCAGAGGCAUGAUGGGAGCUGUAGUCCCAACCACAUCCGGGAACCCAAGCAUGAGGUCCACGCACCACCCCCGCCGGGGGUCAGGGAUGCUGCAUUCAUCAUGUCUGGAGGAGGGAGAGGAGAGUCAGCGUGGCGGCGGAUUGGUUCGCCGCGAGGAGGGGCGGAGAUAAGAUUUCCUCGAGUGGGCGGUGCUUCGAGGCCGCUUCCUAUCAGGGCUGGAGCGGGGCGGGGCUUUUGAUUUCCCUCGGAGGGAACGGCGGUAGCUGCCUCCGCCGCGCGCUGAGGGGAAAAGGGCACCGUUGAGACUCGUGCGCGCCCGGCUCUGGACUCCGCUCGGCGUCGGCAUGAUCCCCAGCCGGAGGCUACCUGGCGGGCUGCGUCCUCUGUUGGCAGCGGCGCGACUCCUUGCCAGCCCGACGGAACCGCGCCGGCCCUUCCGGACCGGGGACGCCCGUCGGAUUCGUGACCCCUUCCAACAAUUUGAGGAGGAAAUGGCCAAGUUCCGCAAGAAGGUGAAAGAUGCCCUUCCUGGGAGUGACUGGAGCCCCCAGGGCAUUUCAAGAGACUUGCCUCCUGAUCAGGCUGAUAUCGUUAUCAUUGGGGGUGGUAUAAUGGGCUGGUCUAUUGCCUACUGGCUGAAAAUGAGAGAACCACAGAGGAAUGCCCUUCGAGUGGUGGUGGUUGAGAGAGACCUUCAGUACACCAAAGCAUCUACAGUGCUCUCCGUGGGAGGAAUACGGCAGCAAUAUUCGAUGCCAGAAAAUAUCCAGAUGAGCCGGUUCUCAGCACACUUCUUGCGUUUAAUCAAUGGAUACCUUGGGGUUGUCAACCAGCCACCCAUAGAUAUUCAGUUUAACCCCUCAGGCUAUCUCUUCCUGGCCACCGAGGAAAGAGCUGCUAUAUUGGAAGAGAAUGUGCAAAUUCAAAGGAUGGAAGGAGCAGAGAUCUCCCUGCUAUCACCAGCACAACUGAAAAAGAAAUAUCCAUGGUUGAAUACGGAUGGCGUAGCUUUGGCUUCAUGUGGACUAGAAAAUGAGGGAUGGUUUGACCCUUGGAUUCUUCUCAAUGCCUUCCGGAACAAAGCAAUAUCUAUGGGUGUCCACCAGAGCAGCGGGGAAGUGACAUCUCUCAUCUCUCGGCAUGAAGAACUUGUGACUCCUGAUGGGGAGCGACUUGAUUUGUCCCGUAUCAAGUUUGUUCAAGUUCAAAUGCCUGGGAGUAUUGAGACUGCCAGGAUACAGUGUGCUGUAGUGGUCAAUGCAGCAGGAGCCUGGUCGCAGAAAGUGGCAGAGAUGGUCGGCAUUGGGACUGGACCACCAGACACCAUAUUGGAGAUUCCGCUUCCAGUGGAACCCAGGAAAAGGUAUGUCUAUGUCUGGCACUGCCCCAAUGGGCCUGGCUUGGCGUCUCCCAUGCUGAUUGACACCACAGGAGCUUAUUUCCGACGGGAAGGCGUAGGUGGCAACUACCUUGGCGGCUUAAGCCCUGCAGAAGAGGAAGAGCCAGAUAUCCAGGAUCUAGAAGUCGAUCAUGAGUUCUUCCAGGAGAAGGUCUGGCCCAAACUGGCCCACCGGGUGCCACUCUUUGAAUCUCUGAAGGUGAAGAGUUCUUGGGCUGGUUACUAUGACUACAACACCUUUGACCAGAGCCCUGUGAUUGGCCUGCAUCCACUUGUGGUUAACCUCUACUUUGCCACAGGCUUCAGUGGGCAUGGGCUGCAGCAGUCACCAGCCGUGGGCCAAGCCCUAGCUGAGCUCAUCUUGGAUGGCAAAUACAAGACCAUCGACCUUGGGAGAUUCUCCUUCACCAGGCUCAUCAAAGGGGAGAAGGCUCUAGAGAGGAAUAUCAUCUAAAUACGUUGGAGCUGGGACUCCGUUUUGAUGUUGCUUUUGACCUUCACUUUCUUAGCCUUCACUUCAGCUUCUGAGGAUCCCUCCGACCGUUUCUGUUUCGCACCUAAAGAAAAACGUUCAGAGUUGCUUUCUGUAUAAUAAUGAAUGUGCCUCCUAUCUUAAUGGUGGAGGGGAGAGACUAUGCCAGAUCUCAGAAGUCUAAACAGUCAUAACUGAUUUUAAAAAAUGAGUUGCGGGAUCAUUGUUUUGACAGCAUUCUUCAGCAAGUCAAGCUGUCAUAUUGUACCUAGGACUGGAAACAAUAACUGGAUUUCAUUUUGGGCACUGGCUAUAGAGAAGCUCAAGUCACAAAGCUGCUCCAUUUUGAAAGGGAUUGUUUACCUUUCUUAUCUAUUUCAACCUCUGUUUGGGCAGCUACAUUUGAUGAACGCUGCGCAUACGCUGCCUUCAUCCGUUCAAGAUUCUUCUUGCGGACUUCUUCAUGCACAACAAUCGGCCGGGGGUAAUCUUUGCCAAUCGUGCAUCCUGCACGCUCCUGCACGCUCUUUGGUGCUUUCCAAGGCUCAUAAAUGUAGUCACUUGGGAACUUGCGGAGACAGGGGAGAUAUUUCCUGUGUGGGUUGUAAAAAGAUAUAGGAAGUCAGAUGUUCAGAAACAAGAGUUGUUACAGUGCCAUACUUAAUGUGAAAGUAGUGGGUUCAGGACUACCCAGCUUUGCAAAGGAUUGGGCAAUACUCUUCUGGCAUCUUAACACCCAGAUAAUAUCUACAAGGAAGGGUAGGGCUAAUUUCCAGAAGAAGGUUGUGCAAUUUUCUGGCAAUGCAGGAAGAGAAGAGAAUGUUGGUACUGGCUGCAGACUCCAGGAACCUACUGAGAACCUGUGUGUGGUGGUAGGGAGUUAGGUAGGCAGGUUGGUUCUAGCCCAUAUGGGUGUGUAUAUAUGUACAGGAAAGUGUAUGGGCAGAGAAGUGGCUGAACAUUUCCAGAGGCUGAGAGGAGCUCCUCUCCCUUCCCCAUAGGCACAUUACCUUACACAAUGGCAAAAAGUCAUUGUGUAAAGUAAUGAAAAACAUGGCAGAAGUGAGCUUUUCCUGGUCAGAAGUUGAUUUUUGUAGCACGGAGUGUGCCCAGCCCUGUCUAUGCCAAGGUGUUGUAUUGACGUGGACAUAAAUGGAGAAUUGCGUCCCUGUUGGGAACGGGGCUGAAGUUCCUAAUUGCAUGCCUACUCUAACGAUCGGAAGCUGCAGCCAUAUCCCCCCCGAGGUCCAGACUUUGCUUUCACAGCCCAGAUGGCUUAAAUAUCCCAUCAAGGAUUGAUCAUGCUUAAAUCUGUUACUGCACCUACUUGAUAUACUCUCCACUUUUGUCUGUCUUCUUGCCAAAGGCAACUGGCGAGUAAACGCGGAAGAACUGGUGGAAAAAAGCACUUGCAGAAAGCCAUUGCCAGUUACCAGCAUUCAAGGACCAAUCGGCGUCAAGCAGCAGUUCCUCAAAGACCUGAAAGUGGAGCAGUUUGGAAAACUCAUGCCUUUGGGGAAAGGGUCAAGGGGCUGGAUACUAUAGCCAUACUACUUUUCUCAAGAUAUACAGCUGCUUACUGUGCUGCAGACAUAAUGAGGCAUCCGAGUCUCUCAAACUUGUCUUUAGAGGAAGUAGUGCAUAGAUUAGAGACUUAAGAUUUUGCAAGUUCCAUUGCAGCUACUGCAAUGGAAUUGUGCCCAAGGCUCAAAAUCCUGCAGCUCAGAACCCUUAUGCUCCUUUCAGGAUGUGGAAAGGAAGUGAGCAAAAUGGCCACUUGUGAAGCAGACAGGAAGGAGAGCCAAAAUGGAAGGCAAAGAUCCAUUUCAGCCAAAAUCAGCAUCAUAUUUGUUGCUGUGCAGCCAGGAUGAUGUCUGCAAGGCAGUUAGAAGCUUUGAAAAAACAUUACUUUUAUGAAAACUGCUACUAGCAGUUAGGGCUGGGAGAAGAUUAUAGUUCAUCCCAAUUUUGAAUGGAAUCUGAAUUCUAAAGCAUAUGAAUCAAUCACUACUAUUAUUUAUAAACCGCUUUUCAAUGAAAGUUCUCAAAGUCUGCAUGGAAAAUAAGAUGCUUCCGUUUUCAGCAAAGGGCUCAGAGUCUAAAAUGAACUGCAACACGGAUGCCAGCAACAGCCACUGGAGAGAGACUGUGCCGAGGCUGAAAACAGCCACUUGCUCUCCCCAUGCUGAAUAAGAAAAUUGCCACUUUGAAAGAUGCCUCUACCACCUGCAAGACUACAAUGAUACGCCAGUCAAUUCAACUUUUCCUUAGCUGCAGACAAGAGUUCUGAACUGUGGAAACCUUCAUGAUUAAAUGCUCAACCUGCUUUCACCUUUUGCCCUUCUUCCCAGGAUAUCCAGAGGUCUCCUCGUGUCAGGAAACAAGCCACAGCAUGGCGUGCUAAGUGAUGGAUCCAUCCCUCUGUACGCAGCUGAGUCAUGAUGGCGUCUAUAAAGGGGUAACCUGUCUUGCCCUGCCACCAAAAAAGGAAAACAAAUCAGGUUUAUUAAUUUAUAGCUUUCCAGAUACUGGAGAAAAUGAAACAGAGCUUCAGAUUAUAUGUAAGAAUUAUUUUUGGGCAAUGUAAAUGUGCAAAAUUUUGAUUUCUGUUAAGCAUUUUUCAGGUAUUGUAAGUAACUUGCAUGUGGUCAGAGUGCACUGAAUACAUAUUGGAUAAAAUGCUGAUUACAAUAAGUUGCAGACACAGCGCAAAGAAAACCUCAAACAUUUCUUAAUCAAAUAAGCUUCAUCCAUUUUACUAUGAUAGUAACUUCAUAGGAGUGCAACAGAAGUUAACAAAAUUAAGAAUAAAACUUCAGAUUUUUAAAAAAUCUCUUCAAGGUUAUUUGACCUUCAAACUCAUUUUUCCUGCUGCAGUGUUGUAGAAAAAGCUGCUAAUUUAUUGGCCUAAAGUGCUACAAAUUCCUAGCAGAAUAGUGGAUAACGCAGUUGGUCCCAGUGUGUUCUCUAAUUUUUUUCAUCUGUGUGCAGAAUGAAUUUUGUUCUGGAUGGCAUUAUCAAGGCAGUGCGUGUGUGCAUUCAGAGUGGGGCAGUCCUGAUUCCACCUGAGCAGGAUCUAAAAUUAACUGAGCGGACAUCAAAAAACUUGCACACACCUUAGAGGGCUCACUGGUUGGUCCUAUUGAAAUAGAAGGAAAUUGCCUUAUCCAAAAAUGUUUAGGGAGCUCUUUAGAUCAUGAGCUUUGCCAGACAACAUACCUCUGCCCAGGCUUUAAGAUAUUCCUUGUUAUCAUCCCAGUUCACCUGCACACAGACUGGAUUGCCUUCCAUCUUGUUGAAGUUGGGAAUGCCUGCUCCUGCUGUGUAGAAAAAUUCCCGCCAGAGAAGCUGCCCAUGCAAAGAGACUGGUGGAUCAGAGUGUUUCCUCUAGAGAAGCACAGAGAAGGAAGUCUUGGUGGUUUGAUAAUUGUAGAGACUAGAGUCAGUGAAGGUGCACUCACUAUAAUAUACUUGAACACCAUCAAUCCAUAUGGCAAAGCUUGCAGGGGUAAAAUCUAAAAAGAGCUCAGCUUUACCAUAUGAUUUUUACUGAGCACGUAAUUCAGUUCUUUUGCAUGCCUGAAAGGAGCUUUCAAAUAAGGGCUUGUCUGUAAGACAAGGCCAAGAAUAUUGACCAUUCCCAUAUGUUUUUCAAGCUUGCUUUUGAUGGCUGAUUGCUUGGAUAUAUUGCACUAUCGCAAAUGACUCUAGCUAUAAUGGCUUACCUGCUUUGAUAUUAGAAAAAUUUGUCAUCCUUACAUGUGAGAUUAAGAAGGCCUUGCGGGGUGGGGAAAUCUGAUAUCUAAGACCAGCUUAACAUGAAACUCCCACACCUAGGUCUGGGCUCUAUGGAUUUCUAAAAUGCCAUUACAGAUUUGGUCUCUAAGCUUUUCACUGUAGAAAAGAAAACAGACAACCAAUAUUAUGUAUUCAUGUGGCAGCUACAGAACAGAAAACCUCUUACCCCUUGGUAGAUUUCAUUCAGCCUCCACCAGAACGUUCGUACAGACAAGCACCCAAACUUGACAUAGGGACUGAGCACCGUGGUGCUGGGACUCAAGGAAUUGGGAGAUGUGUCAGGCUUCUUAAAGUUACAUACCCAGGACUGGAAACAAAAAUGGAAAACAGAAUGAUGACAGAAGUCUUGAUUUAAAAACGGAGGGAAGGCAGAAGGAAAGGAUAUUUCAGUUACUGUACCGUUCUUUUCAUAUACAAGUUGAGCCUAGCAAGUGCUUCUGAUUCUCCUCCUGGGUAAAGAUGAGGACCAGCUUUCUUUGGAUCCUGUCCCAGUUCCUCAAGAGAAGGGAUGCCAUAUUCCACAUCAUGGUCAUCUUUGAUAGGAGUUCUGCAGCCUGGGUCAUCAAGUUGGUCCUUUACUCUCAAAAUAUCUACUGAAUAGCCUCUUUGGCUGUCUAUCCCUCUAGUUCAACAAAUAUAUAAAUUCAUCACCCAGUUUAAAAAAAAAAAUAGUUGCAGUUUUGAACAUUUUGGCAGUACAGGAAAAUGCCUGCCUUUUUUGUUUGGUACUCUCUGAAAAUAUCCGCCUGUUCAUUUACAUCACCAUCACUUGCUUUCCAUUACCUUAAGUGAUAUAUCACAUAGCCAGAUUUGGCUAUGUAACAAAACAUUUCAUGCACUGUGUGGUCUUUUAAAGCGAUCACCCAUGUGAAUAUUCCAUGAAGCAGAAUCAGCAGGCAGUGGGGAGGGCAUGUGAUACUGAAGCAGAAGCAAAGGGAAGUGAUGGUACCAAACGGUAGGAUGACGGAUGACCAGAAUGAAUGCAGAAUGGUUUGGAGGUGGCAUCCCUCAGCAAAACUGCUAUUCUUGACCCAAAAAAUGAAAACUGGAGAAUGUUCUAUACAGCCCUAAUCUAAAACAUAUGCCUGUUUAAAGUCGAACACGCCCCAAGCUACUCUGGGCUUAUAACAGCAGUGCUUUCAUUUCUAUAUACUUUAUGUAAUCUGUUAAACACCCCACCCUAUCCUGGAGGUUCAGAGCAGCUUAAAUAAGUUCCAUCAAAGUCAAAUGUAUCAUGUUAUCAAUGCCUACAAAUACCAGCUGUAAAUGUCUUUUUAGUGCCAUGACUGGCACAUAUAGGAAGCCUAGGGAUUCCCCUUCUUACCAUUCAGGUUUUCCAGAUUGGGAGCUGGAACUGGCCGUUUGGGAGGACCCAGAGAAGCCAAGACUGUCUGCAGCCGUGUGUAAGUCAGAGGCACUUUGCCAUUGUUCUCAAUAAUUAUUCUGCAGAAAAUUAAGACAAUACAUUAUCAGGCAUGUCCAGCAGUACAAUGGACUUCUGUCUGCUGAGAUUCCAGGUGGUCUGUGAAUGCUCAUACAUCUUUUCUCAAUAUUAUUCUGCAUUGUACCUACCUUUCAGUGUCAUACAAAGUGUGGGACACUUUCUGAAUAACUUGGACACCAUGUUCAACUGCUAGCCUCACCACUUCAGUAUCUCGCUGCCUUGCAUAGGGCUCUGUGUCUAUUUCGAACGUAAGCCGUGUAACCUUCCACUUCUUAAAGAGUUCUGGGAAUUUCUCUGCUGGGCAACCACGAACCACAAACAGCCUGAGGAAAUAUCAGCAUCUGAGUAUCAAGAUGUAAGGAGAAGAGGGAAGCAGCAAAAACUAGGCCAGAAAGAAAGGCAGGAAGGACUCUGCACUGGGACAGAAGAAACUGAUGAAGUUAAAGAGCAAAGGAGUUCCACUUUGUUGAAGUUCAGGAGAUUUUACAUGCACCAGUGUUGCACUACACGAUCAGUGGACCAAAAUCAGAAAAUGGAUGUGUUCUUUGGAGAUUCUAGGAUUGAGUAUUGAGCCUGGGGGAAGUUUUACAGUGAACAGAAAUAGGUUUUUGUUAACUCCAGAAUUGAGCUAUGCAAAAUAGUUUAUCCUAGCCGCUAAAGACCAGUUCAAAUAUGCUUGCAUCUACAAAACAGAUCUUCAAAUGAGGAACCAUAGUUCAGUACAUGCUGUGCAUGCAGGAGCUCCCAGGUUCAAUCCCUGGUAUUGCUAAGUUUUCUUUUUAAAGCAAAACCAAAACACACACCUAUUCUGUGAAAGACUCUCUGUCCAAGAUAUCAAAGAGUUGCUGUCCUAGACAGUAUUGCCCUGGCCUAAAUGGACCAAUUGUAUGACUCUGUGCAAGGUAUCUUCAUACAAUUUUCCUGGCUGCCACUGCAUAUAUGGUAAACAGUCAUUUCAAGGUCUCGUCCAUGAAACUUUCUAAAGUUUGUUCUAUAAACCAAGGCUGUAUUUCUGAGCUAUAGUUCUUCAAAGGCUUAUUUUCUAAGAUGUUGUAUAUCCAAUGAAACUUCUCCAGACAGAAUGCAAACUGUUACAUUUGAACUGACUUUAGAUUGUGAACCAUCUUAUGUAUGUCUUAUUUGUAAGCUGCUUUAGAAACUUCUGUUGAAAAGUGGUAUAUAAGUAGUAGCAGCAGUGCCCCUGCCAAACAAGGUGAGGCAGAUAACUAUCAGGGUGAGGGCCUUUUCGGUGGUUGCACCCCAUUUAUGGAAUAGCCUCCCCAGUGAGGUUUGCCUGGCUUCAUGACUUUCUUUUAGAUGCCAGAUAAAGACCUUUUUGUUCACUCAGGCCUUUUAAAUUCUGAUUUUCAGAUUUGAUCUGUUUUUUUCAAUUCAAAAUGAGUUUUUAAGCUGCUUUGUAUUUUUUGUAUUUCCUUUUCACCCUUUAUUGCCUUAUGAUUUAAUGUGUUGUGUUUUUAUUGUAUGUUUUAAUCCUCUGUUGUGAGCUGCCCAGAGAACAAUUUGUUACGGGGUAGCUAACAAAGUUUAUUACUGUUAUAAUAUAGUAAGUGAAAUGAAAAAGGGAAAUAGUCCAUUAUUGGUAUUAAAUUACUGCUUAUCUAA